AUGUUUUGGGGGCUGGUCGGUGGCCCUGCGGAGAAGCAGACUCGGGGCUCGCUGAUUCUCGGUGGCUUGGACAGAUCAUUGAUCGCGGAUGAAAACGACAACUUCACGGCCCCGCUAUACCAUGGCGGUAAAUGUGGAACGGGUAUGGUGGUGACCAUUGGCGACAUCCUUCUCAACUGGCCCAAUGGUACCGAUAUGAGCGUCUUCAUGGGUUCACAAUCAGCGGCUAUGCAAGCAUGCAUCAGUCCCAGCUUUGCAGGGCUGAUGUCUCUUCCACUGAGCCACUACAACAACUUUUGGUCGCUCGCCGGUGGAACGCCACCAGAUGACAAGACGGAGGCGAGAAGCCUCGGCAUCAACUACUUCACGAUGCUCUUUGAGCCAAACAACGUUUACUACGGUGGUCUAACGAUCCAACUCCAAAACAGCGUCUCCGUAAAGAUCCCCAACACCGAACUAGUCGUUCCCGAUACAUAUAUCGCCUCCGAUGGCGCGGUUCAGACGAACACAUCGGUCCGCAACGUCGUGAUCAACUCUCUGCAAUUCGAGAACGACAACGAUCUACCAGUCCUGGGCCGCCUAUUCAUGAGCUCUGCCUACCUAAUGGUCAAUCAAGAUGCUGGGAUGUUCUCCAUCUGGCAAGCAAACACCGGAUCGAAGACUUCCGACAUCGUCGCAGUGGAUAAGCAAAACAACAUGGUCAGCGAGUUCUGCGCGAACUCUAAGGGGGGCUCGCCUAGCGCUACAUCCUUGCCCACGUCUUCCGCCACACCCCCGCCACAAAAAGAAACGUCGAAAUUAUCAGGUGGUGCGAUGGGCGGCAUAGCUGCUGACGGCGAUCAACCAGCACUGCAACGGAGGUGGCACAAGAACCAGAGUCGCAAACAGCAGAUGUAA